AUGAAAAAGUCGAAUAAAUAUCGAACGGGUGUGGGUAACAUUUCGUCAGUGUGCCUGUCCGAGGCUAAAUCGGACAGGGCCGAGCCUCAGGACAGUCUUGGUAAUUUUUACAUGAAAGAGCAAGACAUACCUGAAUAUCUAGAGGGCUGUGGUCUAACGACUUGCUCAGCCGGCAACGACAUGCCUGAAGCCGUUGAGGAUCUUCCCAAAGAGCACCACAAGGAGAAGAAACUGUCAACCGCGUCAAUAGCCAGCGGGGGUGAUACCAAGAAGACAGUAACUGUUAAACACCCCGAGUCAAACAAGCCAAAACCUACGGCAAAAAAAUGUAAGCCAAUCCAAGCGGACCUUGAUGUUGCCAAGGAGUUUAUCCGGUGUCGCGAUGAGUGUCUCACAAGGCUGGACCUCAGCAAGUCAAGCAUCACCAACUUGCCGAGCUCCGUCAGAGAUCUGUCGCAUUUGCAAGAGUUUUAUCUUUACGGUAACAAGCUCGUGACACUACCGCCAGAAAUAGGAUGCCUGACGAGUCUGAGGAUUCUAGCCUUGAAUGAAAAUUCUCUCACCAGCCUGCCAGAUACUCUUGAGAAUUUAAAAUCACUUAAGGUACUCGAUUUACGGCAUAAUAAAUUAAGUGAAAUUCCUGAGGUUGUUUACAAGUUGACGUCACUCACCACGCUCUUUUUACGCUUCAACCGGGUGCGUUACGUCAGUGAUAACAUAAGAAAUUUAACUAACCUGACGAUGCUCAGUUUGCGUGAGAAUAAAAUAAAAUCAUUGCCAGCGGGAAUUGGUAAGCUCGUUAAUUUGAUAACCUUCGACGUGUCUCACAAUCACUUGGAGCACUUGCCAGAAGAAAUCGGAAACUGCGUUCAGCUGUCGACUCUGGAUCUUCAGCACAAUGAGCUGCUGGAUAUUCCAGAGACUAUUGGAAAUUUGGUAGCUGUUACAAGAUUGGGACUGAGAUAUAACCGUCUUUCGAGUAUACCCAAGUCGCUUGCGAAUUGCCGGCUGAUGGACGAGUUCAGCGUUGAGGGAAAUCAAGUAUCUCAUCUGCCAGACGGGCUGCUUUCAAGUUUGUCUGAACUAAUUACAAUAACCUUAUCACGUAAUUGUUUUUCAGCAUAUCCCUCAGGUGGUCCGUCCCAGUUCACAAACGUCGAUUCAUUAAACAUGGAGCACAAUCAGAUAGAUAAAAUUCCCUACGGGAUAUUUUCACGUGCUAAAAAUCUCACCAAGCUCAAUAUGAAGGAAAAUCAAUUGACGUCUUUGCCAUUGGACAUUGGCACAUGGGUAAAUAUGGUAGAGCUUAAUCUUGGUACAAAUCAGCUGACUAAAAUUCCAGAUGACAUUCAGUGCCUACAGAAUCUUGAGAUUCUUACUCUGUCCAACAACCUGUUGAAGCGCAUACCAGCGAGUAUCGGUAAUUUGCGUAAGCUACGAGUGUUGGACCUUGAGGAAAAUAAAAUAGAGUGUCUGCCAAAUGAAAUAGGAUUUUUACGUGAUCUUCAGAAGCUGAUACUCCAAUCAAACCAAGUUACAUCGUUACCACGUGCCAUUGGACACCUUCUUAAUUUGACUUAUCUGAGUGUGGGUGAAAAUAAUCUAAAUUAUUUGCCAGAAGAAAUAGGAACUCUGGAAAAUCUUGACUCGCUUUACGUUAAUGACAAUGCUAAUCUUCACAAUUUGCCAUUUGAGUUGGCGCUCUGUACAAAUCUCAGUAUUAUGUCUAUUGAAAAUUGCCCAUUGUCGAAAAUUCCCGCAGAAAUAGUUGCUGGUGGUCCGUCCUUUGUUAUCCAGUUUCUGAAGAUGCAAGGACCGUACAGGUCAAUGUAA